UAAAUUAAUACGUUAUAGGAAAAACUUGUUUUAUAUUGUAUGAAUUUAAAAAUUAAUACCUUUCGCAAGGGUAUACAAACGCUAGCGUUUUACCCCGGAUGGAAUUCUACUGCCCAGAAGCAGACACAUAUAUUUAUCUCGCUCUGACAUCAUGAAUUUCUAUGCGCAAUGCAACAAAAUGCCGAAAGAAUUGCGCCAAAACAGUCAAUGCGAAUAUACACAGAACAGAAUGAAAGACGAUGGCAGUGAAGCUGGAUUUUAUACAAAUAAUUUGCGAACAUACAUAUUUGUCGAAAUGGAGCGAAGCCAAGACGGGAGAAGAAGGCGAAGACGAAGGAAAAAAGCUACAUUUUAUUAGCCCUGCGCGCCGAAAGUCGGUCCUAGCUCCCAUACUGAUUAAAAUCAAGAAUGGUGUGGAUGGUGGAGACAUUGGAGACAAGAAGUUGGGCAGCGAGAGCAGUGGCAGUGGCCACAUAGCGGUCCAAAUUGAGCCGGCCAGGCGAGUCAAGCGCCAUAGCAUACACGGAAUGAUGGAGGAGGAGAACACCAUCCGGCCGCAUCAAGAGAUCCGUCAGCUAACUCUGGAGGAGAAGAAGUUUCUACUGGCCGUGGAAAGGGGUGAUAUGGCGGGCACCCGGAGAAUGCUGCAGAAGGCGCAGGACACCGAAUACAUCAAUGUGAACUGCGUUGAUCCGCUGGGGCGGACCGCCCUGCUCAUGGCCAUAGAUAACGAGAACUUGGAGAUGGUGGAAUUGCUCAUAAACUACAAUGUCGACACAAAGGACGCGCUCUUGCACUCCAUUUCCGAGGAGUUUGUAGAGGCUGUUGAGGUGCUAUUGGAUCAUGAGAAUGUCACCUUUCAGAAUGAGGGCAACCAUAGCUGGGAGUCGGCUUCCGAGGAAACUUCAACGUUUACGCCGGACAUAACACCACUUAUUUUGGCCGCACAUCGGGACAAUUAUGAGAUCAUCAAGAUCCUACUGGACCGAGGUGCUGUCCUGCCCAUGCCUCACGAUGUACGCUGCGGGUGCGAUGAGUGCGUCCAGUCCCGGCAGGAGGACUCUCUAAGGCACUCGCGAUCCCGGAUCAAUGCCUACCGUGCACUUGCCAGUCCCAGUCUAAUAGCGCUCUCCUCAAAGGAUCCCAUACUCACCGCCUUCGAGCUGUCCUGGGAGCUGCGGCGCCUAAGCUUUCUCGAGCACGAAUUCAAGAAUGAGUAUCAGGAGCUGCGCAAGCAGUGUCAGGACUUUGCCACAGCUCUGCUGGACCAUACGCGCACCUCGCACGAACUGGAGAUAUUGCUGAACCACGAUCCCACUGGGCCGGUCUUUGAGCACGGCGAACGCAUGCACCUGAAUCGCCUAAAGCUGGCCAUCAAGCUGCGCCAGAAGAAGUUUGUGGCCCAUUCGAAUGUGCAGCAGUUGCUAGCCAGCAUUUGGUACGAGGGCUUGCCGGGAUUUAGGCGCAAGAACAUGGCACUGCAAGCAUUGGACAUAAUUCGCAUUGGCAUCCUGUUUCCCAUAUUCUCGCUGGCCUACAUACUGGCGCCCUAUUCGAGUAUUGGCCAGACCAUGCGGAAGCCCUUCAUAAAGUUCAUUUGCCAUAGCGCCUCGUACUUCACAUUUCUGUUCCUGCUAAUGCUUGCCUCCCAGCGCAUUGAGACCUUCAUCGGCAGCUGGUUCUGGUCAGAGGCAACCACCAUGCUGAACCAGGCGGAGGAGCUGCAGCUGCCGACCAAGCGUGGCGCCAAGCCCACGUUCAUUGAGUGGCUGAUUCUCGCCUGGGUCAGCGGCCUUAUUUGGAGCGAGGUGAAGCAGCUGUGGGACGUGGGACUCCAGGAGUAUCUGAACGACAUGUGGAAUGUUAUCGAUUUUGUCACCAACUCCCUGUAUGUCGCCACGGUAGCCCUGCGGGUUGUGUCAUUCUUUCAGGUGCAAAAGGAGAUGAUCUUCAAUUCACAGGCCACAGACCUGCCGCGCGAGCGUUGGGACACCUGGGACCCAAUGCUCAUUUCGGAAGGCCUUUUCAGUGCGGCGAAUAUUUUCAGUAGCCUCAAGCUGGUGUACAUCUUCUCGGUGAACCCACACUUGGGGCCACUGCAAGUGUCUCUGUCGCGCAUGGUCAUGGACAUCAUGAAGUUUUUCUUCUUGUAUGUCUUGGUCCUUUUCGCCUUUGGCAGCGGUCUCAAUCAGCUCCUCUGGUACUACGCUGAUCUGGAGAAGAAGCGUUGUCCGGAGGUCUCGCCCAGUCUGCUGCUCAACAUGAACGGCACAAAUGAUCCGAACGCGUGCAUUGUCUGGCGGCGAUUCUCAAAUCUUUUUGAGACGACGCAAACCUUGUUUUGGGCUGUCUUUGGACUGAUUGAUCUGGACAGCUUCGAGCUGGAUGGCAUUAAAAUCUUCACGCGUUUCUGGGGCAUGCUGAUGUUCGGCACCUACUCGGUAAUCAACAUAGUUGUGCUGCUCAAUCUGCUGAUUGCCAUGAUGAAUCACUCGUAUCAGCUCAUCUCGGAACGCGCCGAUGUUGAGUGGAAAUUCGCCCGCUCCAAAUUGUGGAUCAGUUACUUUGAAGAGGGCGGCACUUGCCCGCCCCCGUUUAAUAUAAUUCCCACACCCAAGUCCAUAUGGUAUGCCAGCAAGUGGAUGCGCCAGAUGUUCUGCAGCGGCUCCUCCGCAGCCCGCCGCGAGCACCUCAAGACAAUACGGCGCAAAGCACAGCAGGCCAGUGACAGGGACUUCAAGUAUCAGCAGAUCAUGCGGAAUCUGGUCCGUCGCUAUGUGACGGUGGAGCAGAGGAAGGCGGAGUCACAGGGGGUAACCGAGGACGACGUAAACGAGAUUAAGCAGGACAUUUCCGCCUUCCGCUGCGAGCUGGUGGAGAUACUGAAGAACAGCGGGAUGGACACGAAUGUGUCUGCAGGUCAAGGUGGUGGUGGCGGGGGCAAGAAGAAUCGCCAGAAGGAGCGCCGCCUCAUGAAAGGUUUCAAUAUCGCGCCACCCGGCUCCACGAGCUCGCUGGCGCCAGUGGCCGAGUUCUCGACAUCACUGGACAACUACGAUAACCAGCAUGAGAUUCUCAGCUCGACCCUGUCCACCCUUUUCACACCCAAUUUCAUCCAUAGACGUCAGAAUACUACUGGAGGAAUGGCUGGCGCCGAGUCGCCAACUUCGCCUACGCAGAGCUCAGUAGCUGCGUCGGCGGCGACGGCGGCGUCGGCGGCGCCUGCUGCCACCAAGUACAACAAGUCCACGCUGAAGUAUAACAAGCGCAUAGCGGGACACAAGAAACGCUGGGGCACUCUCAUUGAGGCCGCCAAGGUGGGCAACAUGAGCAAAAUGCUGGGACGCUCCAAGUCCGAGGACUCCGUCUGCAACUCCACGCACAAUUCCACGCCCGUGCAUGAGCAAGUGCGGGUAACAUAUGCCCAGAGCUCAACGCAGCGCACCUACGCGUACCACGGAGCGGAGCCACCAGCUGUGGCCCCGCUUCCACAUCCUCCGGCGCUUGGCAGCGCCAGCACGUCGGGUCACUCGCAUGUGGGCAUGGGCGCCCACUUCUUUCACACGACCUCCGGUCUGACUGCCAUCGCUGCUCUAAAGCGCAAACGCAAAAAGUUCUCUUCUAGUAAAAACAUUUGUCCCGUAACUGAGUCCAUUGCGGCUGCCACUGCUGCCGAGCUGCUGACCGACAAGACCCUUAAGCGCGUGUCCAGCUAUCCGGCAGCUACCGCCCAGGGCAGCGUGCCGCACAAGGAUCCGACCCAGGUGGUCAAGCCGCGGCGCCACGAGCAAACUCAGAGCCAGCACGACUCGGUCGAGGCCUCAACAGAGUUCACCCUGUCCAUCGAUCCAUCCAACACGUCCGUCAAUUCGCGCGAGCCGCUGAUUGGCAGCAGCUGCGUCUCCACAAUGGGAACCAUUGGCUGAAUGCCAUUGAAUAAAACUACGUAAGGAAUUUUAAUGCAGAUAACUCAUUUCGGCUCUGGGAUCUUGAGCGGAAUAUUAACACAAUUCAGAUAUACACAACUAUAACCAAUCACUAGUCAUCAUCACUAAGAACCUUAUUCUGGACGAACCUUAUCCUUCUCGGCUCAAUUUCAACCCCACUCCACACAUACACACCCAUAUCAUGUGACUGCAUUUAUAGGAAUGCCUUCGCAGAGAAGCCUUUGAAUCUGAACCGUUGAGCAACUAAUUGAACCGCUACCAAUACCAAAUAUAAAAUACAACUAUCCCAUAUCGAUGUUGAAAGCUGCCUUAGUAUUAGAAGUAUUUUUUGUAUAAACCAAAGGUAUAUCUAUAUAUAUUCAUAGUACUAGUAAAUGCACAUAUGUAUGUGUGCACAGACAUAUACGAGUUUUGGAGGAAUAUUAAAUUGCUAAACUUGGACUUAGAAUAACGCUGUGUGAUGUUGAUUUCGGAAUGGAUUGAAGGCCGAGCAUUUUCCCGAGGCAAAUACAAAGCAAACAGCACAACAUUUUAUACACCGAUUUUAACCAACUCAACAAACAAUAAACGAAUUGCAAACUCUUGAUGAUUUUAGCGCCUAUAUAGUGAAUACUUAUAAGUAUAUUUGUAGAAUUAACAAUAGUACGAUUGUGAACUACAUUUUUAGAUGGGUUUAAGUAACUGCAAGCGAGUAGGCAAAAGGAAUUUUUACUUACGUACAUGUAUUCAGUUAAAGCUUUAUUGUUCACAGUACCCCCAGACUUAAAUAAAACGAAACUUAUUGUGACCUUUAGUAGCACCUAAUCUAAAUGCCUAAGUCAUGAAUAUUAAACAUUGAAUAGCAGGAAUAUGUUAAACAAUAACUGCGAUAAACGGAUAAACGAAUAUGUAGGUAAUUAAAAUGUUAUAUAAAUAUAUAUAUUAUAUAUACACAUACUUAUACACAUUAAUUGAACAUCUACAUAUCAACAAAUACGAUAACGUCCGACUUAAAGCUAUGUCUAUGUCAAUAUCAUUUAAGAUUGUUAAAUCACCUGAUCUUAAGAAAAAACUUGUAUUUAUGGUGCGAAUUGCUUUAUCUGAAUAUAAUUGAAAUAUUAUUUGUUAACAAUAAAGAAUAAAACGUUUUAAGUACUCACAU